CUAGAUUUGCUUGAUGCUUCGUAACAGCUAAGCGCUAAGUAGAAGUUUUACAGUGCACUAUUUAACAUCAUGCACUUGUCAAUCAGUUUACCACAAUAGUACACAAAUUGACGAGGAUCGAACUAACGAACCGAAUCGGCAGUCCGUCAUCGUUACACUAUUGUCGCCAAUACUUAUCCAUGUGUAUAGGGACUGACAUAACAAGGGACAUAAAUGACAAAUGGUAAUUUAAUGUUAUAUACUCGUAGGUACGAUUGAAAUUGCAAUGAUAUUGGUCUGACAGGAACGGCAAAGAAAGUGAGCACACUCCCGUACUAUUAGAAGUCAGUGCUUAUUCAUGCAAUUGCCAAGAUAUCUUAAAGUUUCUAUCGAUAAUUUUUCUUUUCUGUGUGAAAUUAUAGAAAUCAUCUUUUCAAUUGGUAAUAUAUUAUCAUCUAUAGGUGAUGAUGACAGUGAUUACGAGAGUACCACUACAACAAGCACCCUUCUUGAAAGAAAAAUACAACGGCUUAUAGCUCAACAAGAAGAGCGGGAAGCCAGAAAGGAAGCAAAAGAGCAAAGAGAAAAAGAGAAAGCAGAAGCACGAGAGGCAAGAAGGGAAGCGAAACAGGCUAGAAGAGAAGAGCGUCUCGCAGAACGUCUUGCCAGGCGUAUCGCUAGACGAAUGCGUCGUCGUGGCCAAACUGUCAAUAACAGCUCUGAGAACAGUAACAGUUCUGAGAGUGUCAUCAGUGGCAGUGAGGACAGCGGUAUCGAUGUCAGCGAAUCGGUCAAUGACAGUGCUGAAAGUAACAAUACCAGUAGUGAAAAUUCUGGUGAAGAAAUUGUUAAAGAUAGCGAAGAAUCUACAGAAAAUAGCAGUAACUUGAGUGAAGAUGAUGAUAGCAUCGAAAGGCGGAGCAGUUUCCUAGCUCGAGCGAUUCUGCGGCUUUUUGGACUGUUCCAUCGUGGCAAAAAUGACACAGAAAGUAGCGACAGUAAUGAGAGUAGUGAAGGUGAAACAUCAGAUGAAGAUAAUGAUGAAGAUGACAGUAGUGACAAUAAUGAAAGCAAUAAAAAACAAAGUCUCCUAGCUCGCUUGAUAAAACGCGUCGAAGGAAGAUUCAACCGAAGUUCUGGGACUAAUGACGAUUCUGAGAGUGACGAGGAUAGCGACAAUACCAGUAGCAACGAAAGCAAUGAAGGUCUAUUCAAUAGGCUACUGGAUUUCCUGGAUAAGAUAUUUAACAGAAAGAAAGGUGAAGAUGACAGUAUAACUACCACAGAAGAAACCUCUACUGACAGUACGGGUACCAAUGACAGUACAACUGACAGUACUGGUAGCAAUGACAGUACAACUGCGACAGAAGAAACCUCUACUGACAGUACUGGUACCAAUGACAGUACCACUGACAGUACUGGUACCAAUGACAGUACAACUGCGACAGAAGAAACCUCUACUGACAGUACUGGUACCAAUGACAGUACCACUGACAGUACUGGUACCAAUGACAGUACAACUGCGACAGAAGAAACCUCUACUGACAGUACUGGUACCAAUGACAGUACCACUGACAGUACUGGUACCAAUGACAGUACAACUGUGACAGAAGAAACCUCCACAGACAGUACUGGUAGCAAUGACAGUACCACUGCGACAGAAGAAACCUCCACUGACAGUACUGGUACCAAUGACAGUACAACUGAAGGUACUGGUACCAAUGACAGUACAACUGACAGUACUGGUACCAAUGACAAUACAACUGCGACAGAAGAAUCCUCCACUGACAGUACUGGUAUGAAUGACAGUACAACUGUGGCAGAAGAACCCUCUACUGACAGUACUGGUACCAAUGACAGUACCACUGACAGUACUGGUACCAAUGACAGUACAGCUAACAGUACUGGUACUAAUGACAGUACAACUGACAGUACUGGUAGCAAUGACAGUACAACUGCAACAGAAGAAACCUCUGCUGACAGUACUAGUACCAAUGAUAGUACAACUGACAGUACUGGUAGCAAUGACAGUACCACUGACAGUACUGGUACCAAUGACAGUACCACUGACAGUACUGGUACCAAUGACGGUACAACUGCGACAGAAGAAACCUCUACUGACAGUACUGGUACCAAUGACAGUACCACUGACAGUACUGGUACCAAUGACAGUACCACUGACAGUACUGGUACCAAUGACAGUACCACUGACAGUACUGGUACCAAUGACAGUACAACUGACAGUACUGGUACCAAUGAAGGUACAACUGCAACAGAAGAAACCUCUACUGACAGUACUGGUACCAAUGACAGUACCACUGACAGUACUGGUAGCAAUGACAGUACAACUGCGACAGAAGAAACCUCCACUGACAGUACUGGUACCAAUGACAGUACCACUGACAGUACUGGUACCAAUAACAGUACAACUGUGACAGAAGAAACCUCUACUGACAGUACUGGUACCAAUGACAUUACAACUGACAGUACUGGUACCAAUGACAGUACAACUGUGACAAAAGAAACCUCUACUGACAGUACUGGUACCAAUGACAGUACCACUGACAGUACAACUGUGACAGAAGAAUCCUCCACUGACAGUACUGGUAUGAAUGACAGUACAACUGUGGCAGAAGAACCCUCUACUGACAGUACUGGUACCAAUGACAGUACCACUGACAGUACUGGUACCAAUGACAGUACAACUGACAGUACUGGUACUAAUGACAGUACAACUGACAGUACUGGUACCAAUGACAGUACAACUGCAACAGAAGAAACCUCUACUGACAGUACUGGUACCAAUGACAGUACCACUGACAGUACUGGUAGCAAUGACAGUACAACUGUGACAGAAGAAACCUCCACUGACAGUACUGGUACCAAUGACAGUACCACUGACAGUACUGGUACCAAUGACAGUACAACUGUGACAGAAAAAACCUCUACUGACAGUACUGGUACCAAUGACAGUACCACUGACAGUACUGGUACCAAUGACAGUACCACUGCGACAGAAGAAACCUCUACUGACAGUACUGGUACCAAUGACAGUACCACUGACAGUACUGGUAGCAAUGACAGUACAACUGCGACAGAAGAAAUCUCUACUGACAGUACUGGUACCAAUGACAGUACCACUGACAGUACUGGUACCAAUGACAGUACAACUGCGACAGAAGAAACCUCCACUGGCAGUACUGGUACCAUUGACAGUACAACUGCGACAGAAGAAACCUCCACUGACAGUACUGGUACCAAUGACAGUACAACUGCGACAGAAGAAACCUCUACUAACAGUACUGGUACCAAUGACAGUACAACUGUGACAGAAGAAACCUCCACUGAAAGUACUGGUACCAAUGACAGUACAACUGCGACAGAUGAACCCUCUACUAAUAGUACUGGUACCAAUGACAGUACAACUGCGACAGAAGAAACCUCCACUGACAGUACUGGUACCAAUGAUAGUACAACUGUGACAGAAGAAACCUCCACUGACCCUACUGGUACCAAUAACAGUACGACUGACAGUUCAGGCACCAAUGACAGUACAACUAUGACAGGAGAAACCUCCACUGACAGUACUGGUACCAAUGACAGUACAACUGACACCAAUGUCAAUAGCACUGAUACCUAUGACAAUACAACUGACACCAAUGUCAAUAGCACUGAUACCUAUGACAAUACAACUGACACCAAUGUCAAUAGCACUGAUACCUAUGACAGUACAACGGAAACUAGUGUCAAUAGUACUGAUACCUAUGACAAUACAACUGACACCAGUGUCAAUAGUACUGAUACCUAUGAUAGUACAACUGACACCAAUGUCAAUAGUACUGAUACCUAUGACAGUACAACGGAAACCAAAGUCAGUAGCACUGAUACCUAUGACAGUACGACGGAUACUAAUGUCAAUAGCACUGAUACCUAUGACAGUACAACUGACAUCAAUGUCAAUAGUACUGAUACCUAUGACAGUACAACGGAUUCCAAUGUCAACAGCACUGAUACCUAUGACAAUACAACUGACACCAAUGUCAAUAGCACUGAUAACUAUGACAGUGCCACCAGCCAAGCAGUCAGCAGCGAUGAAAGUUCUACCAACAGUAUUUACACCACUGUCACUACUGAAUAUACUAAUUCUAUCAGCAAUGUUACUGACAACAGCACUGACAGUACAAGUGACACCGUGAUUACAAACAACGAUGAAGACGAAGUUGUCUUUGAAGACAUAUUGAUAAGUGAUGGUUCCAGCACUUCCAGCAACUCUACUUAUAACACUACGGAUACCGGUAUCGAUACCACUAAUAAUGCCAAUCACAACACUACUGACACCGGUAUCGAUACUUAUAACAGUACCAGUUAUACAUAUUUUAUGUUAUAAAUAAUAGUACAACUGUAAGUAACACCACAGAGAACAGCUCUACAAAUGCUACGACGUCCUCUAAGCUCUGGUGGAGGAAGAUUUGUCUAUUCUUUUGUAAUAAUUAACAAAUAAUUUAACAAUAAACAAAGUAAUUGUUAAAACGGCGUGCCCACACGACGCGGAGAUAGAUCUAAAGGGAAAUAAUUACUAGGUACUUUAUGAAAAAACUAGCUUUUGCGAAAUUUAAUUUGUUAUAGAUCGUCAUAAAUUAUAGCCUAUAUAUUAUUCUGGGUUAUAAACAAUAAUACUGUAAAGUUUCAUCAAAAUCCAUUCAGUAGUUUUUGCGUGAAAAGUAACAAACAUCCAGACAUCCAAACUUUCGCAUAUUAGUAGGAAGGUUAUGCCAUUGAAAAAAAGAGUUAUUAGUUUUCCCGAAUUUCAAAUAUUUAAAGGGAAACUUCCCUAUUCAUGAACCUUGAUUGCACAAGGUGUUAUUUGCAACACUCGCACUAACAAUUUAUUUUAAUUAAACUUUAAUGCCAUUGGGCGUUCUCUGUCAGAUAAACUUUGGACCAAUUAUAUUUAAAUUAAUUUGAUUUAUUUUAAGAUGUUACCUACGUCUCUAGGUGGGAGUACUAUGAGCACAAAAACCAUUUUCCCCGCCAUAUUUUUAACGUGUGUCGUGUGGCUGUACGCUCCAGUUAUCACGGUGGAAUUCGGUCGUUUUAAUUAUUAAGAUUUUUUUUUUAAUUAAAUAGUGCAUUUAUUUAGCUUAAGGUUCUAUAUUUUGUUGUACCUACAUAGGUAAUUCGCAAAUAAAUAGCGUUCUACAUAAACAUUUGGUGAAACUGGCAUUUAAUUAUUAAUUGUUUUAACCUUAAUUAGUGCAACAGUCAUCAUAAUUUCCAGUUUUUAAAUUUAUCAGUCAUGGAGUAAACGUAUUUAUGGAAUGAAUAACAUUUAUAACAUCAUUAAUCAUUUAACACAUAGGAAUAAGUUUACAAAAUUUUAAUAAGUUUAUCCAGCAUUUCUUCACGGAAAUGAACCCUAUAUUUAUUAUUUAUUCAAUUCGUACAAUAGUUAAGUGAUGGAUUUAGGGAAAUUUUUGUUUAGUUUUAUCUACCUCUAGUUUAAGUAAUUGUCAACCUGCUCUGUAUAGUCUUUUUCACCUAAGAUGAUUCGUAUGACGUUUCGAGUUUGAAAGUUAUAGAGAUGUCACAUAACUAAACCAUAGCGAUUUAUCUAUCGAUUUUUUUCUAAGAGUUAGUGAAACCUACUUUUAGAGAAAUAUUUUGUAUAUGUGUUAUUUAACAAAAAAACAUGUUUUUUUAAUUACAAAUAUUAUUGUAAGGGCAUUUCUACGGGGACGACCGAUCGACCUACUGGGGCGAAAAAAGUACCUUUAAAAUUGAAGUACGGACUUGAAAAAAAUCACACGUAUUUAUAGGACUCUUGACUUGAUGGAGAGCAUAUUUAGAAGACCCCCAGGUUUUACAGCUCGCCUUGAAAAAAUCCGAAAGUUCAAAAACGGGCGAAAUUUGGCCUAAAAUGGAGUGUCCGGUUUCCAGAAUUUACUCGUUUUUGCUUCAUAACUUUUGAAAUAAUAACUUCCCCAUUAUGAAACCCGCAUUCACAGAACAAGGGAUAGUUAAUAAAGCUAUAUAAAUGAGUUUCUUUAUUGCAAGUCCUUGGGUUUUAAUACAGUAACACAUUUAAAUUUUGUCCGACGUGUGUGCCUCAAUUCCGUGAUUUUUACUUUUGUGCUCCUAUAUCACUAACAACGCACAAUACGAACACCCACGACUGAUUCCCAUAAACUAGCAGUUGCACUCGAGUGGUCGAGCAGUAUAAAAGAGGGAUCAGUCGCUUGGAGGAGCAUUUUUCAGAGGUUUGAAAUCACUCAGAAUUUUUGGUCACUGGUCAUUUCUCAAACCGGUGUGCGAUAUUAAUAAUGUUCAUGAAGUAUUUAAUGAGAUUACUGCUGAAUUAAUUAAGUAUUUAACUGAUAUCUGCCAUUACGUUUGGUAGAAAUCGUUGUAAUUUAUAAUAUUUUCGAGUAAUUUGAUGAAAUGUGAUUUUUCCUCAAUUCCGUGGAUCUCAAUUCCGCGGAAUACGGGGCAUCGAAUUGAGAAAACACGUACACCGAAUUGAUAUUAAAUGAAAAUAGAUACUUUAAUUGUGCUAUAAAUUGUUUGUGUAACUUAAAAUAAUAAUGAAAUCAAUAGAGCAUAAUAAUAGGGUGAACUACCAAUCAUUGGACCGUACCAGUCAUUGGACAGAAGACAAUAAAACUAAUUUUUUGAGGUUUCGUUAAAAAAAUACAUAUGCAUGCUAUCUUAUUAAAAUAAUUCUUCCAGGUUCUUCCCUCGACCUUCACCAGAUCGUCGGUCUACCUAGUGGGGGCCUGCUCACUGGUCCGUGGUUUCCACUCGACAACUUUUCAGUCCCAACAGACAUUAUCUGUACGAGCUAUGUGCCCCGCCCACUGCUACUUGAUUUAUGCAAUUUCACGGGCUAUGCCGGUCACUUUGGUUCUCUUGCCGAUAUUCACAUUUCUGAUUCUUAUUAGGCUCAUAGUAAGCGACCAAGUUUCACAUCCAUACACCAUCACUGGCAACACACACUGGUAAAAGACUUUUGUCUUAAGACGCUGCGGUAUUUCAGACGUAAUAGCGAAGCUUCCCGAUCGAUGCUUAGCUGAGUCGAAUUCAGCGAUAGACCUCUUUCUCAAAGUUGGACCUAACUAUCUGGACUCUUGUCCCAGGUAUACACAAUUGUCAACAACUUCGAGUGUAGUCUCCAACAUUCAGAGGAGUGGGUGCAACACGGACAUUUGACAUGAUUUUUGUCUUGUCCAUGUUCAUUUUGAGACCCACUUGUUGAAAGGCUCUACGGAGGCCAUGACUCCGAUAUCAUCCCCGAUAUCGCGACUCCUUGGUCUUCUGUAUUAUCUGCCGUAGCGUACCUGUGUACCAUAAUACUAAAGCCUUUUCGGAAACAAGCUUGUUCGGAAGACUGGAAGUCGUCGAAUCUGCGAGCGAGAUGAUUCGUAAGGACUCUCGAAAACAGCUUGUAAACACGCCUCAUAAGUGAGAUGAGUCUAUAAUGCUAUCACCACACUUCUGUGCCAUGCCGCGAUGCCGGAGGCGUUUUUUCUUCGAGAAUGACGUAAUUGAACUGCUUCUGUAGAGCCUUUAGUACCGGCGAAGCUCAGCUAUAAUGCCGUAACACCUGGUGCCUUGUUGUAUUUCAGCUAUUUGAGUGCCAUUUUAAUCGUGUACAAACUGACGUCCGAUAUAAUAUCUUCGGUAUAGUGUCAGGUCAAUCUAGCUCUUGGGUUUUGCAAUAUUUUUAUGUUUAAGGUUAAGAAUAAAUAAACAAAGAGACCCUGUGUUAUGUA